ACAGCCUGAUCACGUGACCAGCGGGAGGCCAUCUUGUUGUGGAAAAGAAGAGAGACAGAGAGCUCGCAUAGAAAUCCCUCACUGUCAGUAAGGCAGAGAACAUCAGGAAAUAAUGGCAGAAACCCAGACUCUUAACUUUGGACCAGAAUGGCUUCGGGCCCUCUCCGGUGGAGGAAGCGUGACCUCCCCUCCUCUCUCACCAGCAUUGCCAAAGUAUAAACUUGCAGAUUAUCGUUAUGGGAGAGAAGAAAUGUUAGCACUUUAUGUAAAGGAUAAUAAGAUUCCUGUAGACCUACAAGAUAAGGAAUUUCUGUCCAUUUUACAAGAGGAGCCCCUGCCACCUCUGGCACUUGUACCUUUUACAGAAGAAGAACAGAGAAACUUCAUGUCUGUAAAUAGUGCUGCUGUGUUACGACUAACGGGAAGAGGUGGAGGAACUGUGGCAGGGGCGCCAAGAGGUCGAAGUUCCUCAAGAGGUCGAGGUCGUGGUCGAGGUGAAGGAGGCUUUUACCAAAGAAGCUUUGACGAUGUGGAAGGAGGGUUUGGUCGUGCACGGGAGAUGCAUCGGUCCCAGAGUUGGGAGGAGAGUAAAGAUAUUUCCUUUCCCUCCUCAAGGGGGGACAGAAGAUUUGAAAAGCCAGGUCGAAAAGAACCAGAGGCUGCCCCGGCCCAUUUUCAGCUGAAUCAUAUAAGGUCGAACUACGAGGACAGCGGGACAGGAGCAGCUAGGAAGCACGAAUUCACGCGGUCGGAGAGCGAGAACUGGCGCACGUCUCGCGAGGAGCACAACGGUGAGGACGAUGAGGGGGGCUGGCGGCUGGCAGGCUCGCGACGGGACAGUGACCGGUGGCGCCCCCACAGCCCAGACGGGCUGCGGUCGUCAGGCUGGCGGGAACACCCCGACUCCCGGAGGCGCUUCCCUUUCGACUCCCGUGAGGAGGAGCGAGGCUACCGACGGGCACGCACAGGCAGCAGCAGCCAGGAUGAGGAGAGGGACGGCCUGCCUGAGUGGUGCCUGGACGAUGCUGAUGAGGAGAUGGGCACCUUCGACUCCUCCGGCGCCUUCCUCUCUCUCAAGGUGAGGGGCACAGAGCUCUCGAACCACCUGUCACGGAAGAAGGCUCCCAAAGAGCCAAUUCCAGAGGAGGCGGAGCUCGACUUCCGGCCAUCGGAAGAGUGUGAGGAGCGUUUAGAAAGGGAGGAUAAUGACUCAGACGAGACCAAAGAGACAGAAGAAGCCCCCCCUAGGCAGGAAGAUUCGGGAAGGUCAGAGGAGGAGGUUGCACCCAUCCCAACUCCAUCCGCUCCGUGUCAGGCAGAGCCCCCGGCUGACACACCCUUACCUCCCAGUCAACCAGAAAGGGUGGAGACACCUCCCGAGAGACUGGAGAGACAACCUCCAGUUGCUGAAGUGCACCCAGAGCCCAGAAAAGCAGUCCAUGUUGCAUCCACCUCCAGCACUCUCGUGGAAGGAGCUGCUGUUCAUCAUGCUCCAUCUCUGCUUCCAGAAAUCCCUGCUUCAGCUCCUGUAAUGCAGCAGAAGCCUCCAGAGGUGCCUUCAGUAGUGCCUACCCCACACUGUUUCCCAGAAGAUGUCUCCCAGAUUGGGAGGCCAGGAGCCCUGUUACAUGUGGACACGGAUGACGAUGAGGGACUGAAGCAUUUUGAGCAGGAGGCAGAGAAGAUGGUGGCAUACCUCCAGGACAAUGCUGUGGAUGACGACAGGCUCACAACCAAGAUGGCUGAGCGGGUGAAACCCACAGCCUUUCCUUUAACACACGAUGCAGCACUGAAGUGGUUCUACAAAGAUCCGCAGGGAGAGAUACAGGGCCCCUUCACGAACCAGGAGAUGAUGGAGUGGUUUCAGGCGGGCUACUUCACCAUGACACUGUUGGUCAAAAGGGGGUGCGACGACGUCUUCCAGCCCCUGGGCGAAAUAAUCAAGAUGUGGGGGCGGGUCCCCUUCACACCUGGCCCAACGCCACCACCGUUGUUGGGGGAUGUAGACCAGGAGAGACUUAAAAGGCAGCGGGAGCUGGCUGCAAUGAACCUGUACCAGUUGCAGCAGCUUCAAUAUCAGUACCUCCUCAGGCAGCAGUAUGCCCAAGCCCUGGCACAGCACAAAGCCACAGCCCUCGGUGCCUCCCAGCAGCAGCAGCAGAUCAACCUUCUCCUCCAGCAGUACCAGGCACUCAAAAUGAGAACAUCGGAACCCCCCGUGACUCGGUCCAUGUCUGUCCCAGACUCAGGUUCAGUCUGGGAACUCCAGAACUCAACUUCGCAGCCCUCUGCAACAGCUGCUGUGCAGCAUGUGGCACACAGCGCGUGGGACAGUGGCAGCGUGUGGGAUUUGCCCAUUGACUCUAUGGCACCUGCGCCAACAAUUGAGCAAAUGCAGCAGGUGGAGAAGGCAAAGGCUGCCAAGAUGGAGCAAGAACGGCAUGAAGCAGAGCUCCAGGCUAAGAGGGAGGAAGAGGAGCGCAAAAGACAGGAAGAAGCCCUGCUCCGGCAGCAGGAGGAAGAGCGUAAACGCAGGGAGGAAGAGGAACAGGCUCGACGCAAUAAGGAGGAGGCUCUAAGACGCCUCUUGGAACAAGAGGCAGCGCUGCGCAGGCAGAAGGAGGAGGAGGAAAGGCAGGCACAGGAAAGGAGGAGGGAGGAAGAGGAGAGGAGGCAAAGGGAGGAGAUGCUCCGGCAACAGGAGGAGGAGCGAAGGAAGCAGGAGGAGCAGCGAAGGCUUGAAGAGGAGAAACGUCUGGCAGAGGAGGCAGCAGCGCGGCAGCGGCUACAAGAGGAGCAGAAGAGGAAGGAUCAAGAGCAAAGGAGGAAGGAGCAGGAGCUGCAGAGGCAACAGGAAUUGCAGCGGCAGCAGCAGGAGCAGCUGAAGAAGGAGCAGGAGUUACAGCGGCAGAGGCAGCAGCAACAGGAAGCGCUGCGCCGACUGCAACAGCAGCAGCAGCAACAGCAGCUCGCUCAGAUGAAGCUUCCAUCAUCCUCAAAGUGGGGCCAUCAGUCAUCCUCAGUACAGCCACAGACACAGAAUACCCUCUCUCUGGCUGAGAUCCAAAAGCUGGAGGAGGAGAGGGAGAGGCAGGCCCGUGAGGAGAGGCGUCAGCAGCAAGAGUUGAUGAAGGCCCUUCAGCAACAGCAACAGCAGCAGCAGCAGCAACAGGCCAAGCUCUCGGGUUGGGGCAACAUCGCCAAACAACCGGCCGCCACCAAGUCCCUGCUUGAGAUUCAGCAGGAGGAAGCCCAGCAGAUGAAACAGCAGAAGCAGCAGAAGAAGGAGCAGCAGUCGGGUGGAGGCCAGCAGAGCCGGGCACAGAGCCGAGCUACUACGAUGGGUAAUUCGGUGUGGGGGUGUGUCAACAACAGCACCCCCCAGUGGAUCAGCUCAGAUGUGGGAUGCAGUAUUUGGGGCAGUCCUGACUACAAAAGCACUGUGGGCUUCUGGGAUGAGCCAGUGAAGGAGACAGUCCCACCCUCCAAGAAGAACACCAAGAACAAGAGCAAUGCCCAUGUCAGUAACUCCUUGAGCGGACGAGCCAACAAGAAGGUAGAAGAGGAGGAGAAGAAGCUCAUGAAGCUAUUCCAGGGGGUGAACAACAGCCAGGACAGCUUCACACAGUGGUGUGAGCAGACACUCCACACACUCAACACCGCCAACAACCUGGACGUUCCUACAUUUGCCUCUUUUCUGAAAGAGGUGGACUCUCCCUACGAGGUCCAUGACUACAUCAGAGCCUACCUCGGGGAUACGCCAGAGGCCAAGGACUUUGCCAAGCAGUUCCUUGAGCGUCGUGCCAAACAGAAAGCCAGCCAGCAACAGCAACGCCAACUGCAGCAACAGAAACAGCCACAGCAACAGCAAGAGUCCGUCUGGGGAGUGAACCAAACAGGAUUGCAGUCCAUCUUCCAGUCAAAUCACGCAGGCCUGCAGCAGUCCAGCUUUGAGACAGUGCAAUCGGGGAAAAAGAAGAAAAAGCAAAAGAUGGUGCGAGCAGACCCCAGUCUCCUAGGUUUUUCUGUGAAUGCAGCGUCAGAACGAUUAAAUAUGGGAGAGAUCGAGACUGUGGAGGACUUUUGAGGAUCCGUUGAACUGCUGCCUACCUUAUGUCAACUGUAUUCAUUCUCUUCAAAUUUCAUUUUGUCAACAUUUAAAAAAGAAAAAAUCUUCAGCCCUUUUUUUAUGUUGAAUUUAAAAUGGGAAGUCCCUGUUCACCUCUGGGGUAUUCUUGAAUUCCAUUUCCUGCCUUUGGCCAAGUGACAAGCAAUCACACAGUUGAUGGUAUUCCAUUUUGUGGAUUUUUUUGCAGAGGGAUGGUGGGAGAGGGGGGUGAUCUCAAGAUCUCUUUAUGGGAUCAUGAGAGGUGAUGGUCAGGUCAGCCAGAGGUUCCAAAUGUGACCCUCUGUCCUACCUUCCACUCAUUGAGCCCAAAGGGCCUGCGAAAGAGUAUACAGCUCUACUGCUCUCCUCUCCCAGCUGCUCACUACUGGUGCUUCUAUCGUAAAACUGACCCAACCAGAGGGAGGUGAGAUUCCUUACUGUGUGUAGAGGGCUGCAUUCUUGAAGGAAAACAAGGAAUUAAGGAAUUGUAUAACCUUUAUAUUUAUUUAAAGCUUUUGAUCUUCCAUUCACCCCCCCUCCCCUUCUGCCAGUCUUUCCUGGGACAUGACUUUGAUGGAGAAUGCCCUGUUUUAAGGGCAUGUUCAACAGAUCCAAGUAGAUAUCAAUUUCCUGUAAAAUAAUAGCUUGUUUAAGGAAUAAACUUUAAAUUCUGCAACUGUAUUAUAAAAUAUUGGAAUGAUGGGAUGACUGAGUCUUACUUUAUCACUUCUUGAGGCAACUUCUCUGGUACACAGUUCUACAGGAGUUCUUUGCCAUUGUUUAAAAGAAAAACACUCUGAACAAAUGAGUGUGUGCAGUUGUAUCGAUUGUUCAUUUUCUA